AUGUCGUUCAGUGCCACCAUCUUGUUCUCCCCGUCCCACGGGAAAGAAGCCAAAUGCUGCUGUGGCACUUGCAAGCAGGAGCCGGAGGGUCCCGCCACGGCCCCGCCACCCCUGCCCCCAUCGUCCCCUCCGUGCACCCCUAUCACCAUCACGGGCACGGGUCUGACGGUCCAGUCCUCCGAGCAGCUGCUCCACCUCAUCUACCAGCGGGUGGAAAAGGCGGUCAGCUUAGCCGAACUGGCGCUGAGCUUGGCAAGGGCCAACAACGAAGCCUUGAGACGCCUCGAGGAAGACGUGGCGGCCCUGCGCCGGGGGCCCCUCGUGGCCCUCAAAGCCAGCCCCGAGGAGCAGCAAACGGAGCCCGAAGGCGAGGAAGAAUCGGAGGCCGAAGAGUUCGGGAACGGCGUCCAGGUGGUCAUCGAGGAACUGAGGCAGCUGGGAGCCGCGUCGGCUGCAGUGGGGCGAUCCGAAUCUUUGGCCUUCUCGCCGGUAUCGGCUCUUGGCGGAGUAGCCGAGGAAUGUCCUCCAGGAGACGCCCCAAUGCCGCCGGUCUAUGUUCCUCCUUCAUCCCCUACCCCACCGAUGGCCCAUCAGCCACUUCUGCAACCUCUGGAUGACCCCCUCUCUGGUCCAGAGGGGUCCCCCAUCAGCGCGACCCAGGAGGAGACCCCGAACGGCGAACCCCAUUUCUCUGUAGGCUUCGCCAGUCUCCCUUGCAGGAGCAGAAACAUCGGGCAGAAGAACGCCAGGCGCAAACGGGAUCUGGUCUUGUCCAAAUUGGUCCACAACGUUCACAACCACGUCGCCAACGAAAAGCGGUUUGAUGGCGCAGAAAGUAUUAAAUCGUCCUGGAAUAUUUCCGUAGUGAAGUUUUUGCUGGAAAAACUCAGACAUGAAUUGGUUUCCAAUCACCAUAAUUAUACGGAUAAGGAACUAAAAGGUGCCUGCGUGGCCUACUUUUUGACCAAGCGACGCGAAUAUCGGAAUUCUCUGAAUCCUUUCAAAGGGCUUAAGGAGAAAGAGGAGAAGAAAUUACGCAGCCGGCGGUAUCGGCUUUUUGCCAACCGUUCCGGGGUGGCCCAGCUGCUGGGCUCGGAAGAGCAGCAUCUGUGGCAAGGGGUAACCGAAGAGCUGAUGUCGGACGAGGAAGACAGCGCCCACGAACCCGGCGUGUGGGUGGCGCGGCCUCCACGCUUCCGAGCGACGCCGCUCUCCCAGCUCUGCUACCGCCUGGAUGCCAACUCGAAGCACGGCACCAAAGCCAACCGGGUGUACGGGCCGCCCUCCGAGCGCUUGCCCUCCGGGGAAGUCCAGCGUCUGCCCCCGCAGCUCUACAACCCCCGCUUUCAAGAGGAAGACCCCAGAACGGACACCUCAGCCCACCUCCCCAGCCACAAAGCUUUCGGGCCCGAGCUCAGCUCGUUUGUGGAGAUCAAAGUGGAAAAGGACGAGUAA